ACCCCAACUUUAAUUGCCCACAACUCUCCCUCCCUUUUCAUUGAAUUUCAUCAUCCGCUUCGUUUAUUCUCCCUCUCUCUCUAAGCAUAUCUUUGUCCGUGCGGUAUGGCUGGGGGUCGCCGGAGGCGGGAGGCGAACGACGUCGUCAAAGAAGAAAAGAGGUCAGCGAAGGAAGACGUGGAAGUGAUGGUUUUGGAGGAAGAAGAGGAAAAAGAGGAAGAUUCUCUAAAGGCUCAGGUCGCGAAGCUUCGUCAGCGAUGGGAACUGGCCUCCGUCCUCGACUUCUUGAUCGUUUUUGAGCCAGUGGUUGGGAAGGCUUCGAAAAUAUCAGCUGAAGAGAUCGAGAUGGGUUUGAUAAACCCAGGCGGUGCACUUGCUCAGCUUCACAUUGCCCUGUUGAAGGGAAUACCACCUGCAAGUAAAGCAUUGGAUGGCUCUGAUGCAUGGGUGACUGUGCUUUGUAAGAAACUUGCAACAUGGUGGCCAUGGGUUGCUGAGGGGGAGAUUCCGCUAGUGGCAGCUAAAGGAGAAGAGAUAUCUCGUUACAAGGAACUCGAUCCAACAAAACGCUUACUACUCUUAAAAGCACUUUGUGAACUCAGAGCUGAUCAAGAUGAUGCAUUAGCUUAUAUUAAUGAUGCUCUGAAACAAGGAACUGAAGUUUCUUUCUUUCGCAAAAAUAAGAUAGGAGGAGAUGGAAAUGGAACUUCCUAUUGGUACGAGGGAACUACGAUUACCGGUCAUAGAUUAUACAAGGAAGUAACUGCCCUUGAGUCAAAGGCAAAGAGCAGGGGAAAAGGAUGUUUAAACCUGGCAAAUAUUAGUCUCCAGUGGGAAACACUGGCAACCAAUCUCGAGGAAUUUCGUAAAGUUGUAGAUGAACUCUCAUCAAGCAAAGUUGUAGCAGAUGUUUCUGUUGCUAAGAUUAUUGAAACCAAUGCUAUUCCUGUUCUUGAGAAACUUCAGAAGAAGAAAGAAAGGGCACUAAAGCAGAAAGAAAGGCAAGAGAGGCAUCUGAAUACUUUGAGAAAUUCUUGUGGUGCUGGAACUACUCGUUCCUGUCGCAACCGUAGGCCUGUCAGCUACACAUUUGAGGAGUUUCAGGAUGAGUACGAUCGGGCUAUUCAUGAGGCUAUUAAAGUAACAAACGGGAAGAGAACUGCCGACGAGAAAAGGCAAGAGGGUAAGCGUAGAAGAAGAAAUGGCACUGACACUAAUGGUGCCCCACAGAGAGACACAAACUCAGAAGACAAUUCAGGUAAAAAAAGUAAUUCCAAUGACAGUGACGCCAAUGAUUCUGGUAAUAAGGAUGACUCUGCGGGCAGUGACACCUCAAGCGACAGGAUUGAAGAAGUUGCUAGUGAUGACGAUGAUAACAAUUGGGAUGAUGGUGGAACAAAGGAUGAAGAUAAGGGUGACCAUAGUGACUCAGGCAAAUCUGAGACAGACAAGAACCAUGCUCAAACUGAUAGUAUUGCCCUAAAGCCUAUGGGUGUGCGCUGGAGUAAAAGACUAGCUGGAGACACUAGCCAUCCAGUCCUGGAAAACAGAAACUUGGGCACCAAGAAUAGGUCGAGACAAAGACCCAUCUGUAACUCUGCUCUUGAUUCUGUUGUAAGACAAGACUCUGAUGACGAGAACUCAUCGGAACAUGCAAACAGUGAGAUAGCAGGGCACGACGAAUUGCCAGUUACUGAUCCAGAAGAGGUCGGUGAAAGCUGAAAGCAUUCUGAAGCAGAACCACUCAGGUCAUUAUACGGUGUAAGUUGAUUUUCCUCAAACUUUGUAUUCAGGAGGAAACUUUUGGAACAAUCGUUUGUAAAUGCAAUAGGACUUCUUUUUGUUUCCCAUGGCAUCCAUCAUGUCUCAGUUUCAGAAAUUGAUCUGUUCAUGCCGCGUAGUCCCUGCUAAAUCCCUUUUGUUUGUAUUUACUGGGACACCAUUGUUAAUUUAUGCCAGAUGAUUUAUACUAAUUCAUCUGCUAAUUUCUGGGGA